AGUCUGCACUCUAGCAAACACUCCCACUUCAAACAACACUCUGGCAGUAAUAGCACGGAUCCCUCCUUCUGUCCCCACACGCAAAUUCCAUUUUCACACCGGCUGCCUACUCCAGGCAUGGCUGACGGCUGUACCCAGUCAUGGCACUGCGACAUUACACCCUCGACUUCAACCUCUCAGCGCCAGCAGACUGUCCAACGACUGUGCAUGGGCUGCAGUCUAUAUUUCAAGAACAGGAAAUGACAGAGACUGUCCAUGACACUGAGGGACAUGGAUAUCUUGCUACCUUCAUUGGCAAGAAUGGCAGGUUGGUUAUUCUGCGUGUGACCGCCCAUGGCCUGCUUACCAUUGAUCUGCAGUGUUGUGAAGGAGAUGACAUUGUACAAGUAGAGAAUCUUUUGAAUACACUGGAAGAGAAGCUGAGAAGUCUCCUACAUGGAAACAUUAAGAGGGUCAAGAGGCUCCCAGCUCUGACACGAGGUGCAGCUGUUGAUCGAUACUGGCCCACAGCAGACGGCAGACUGGUGGAGUAUGACAUAGAUCGGGUUGUAUACGAUGAGGACUCUGCAUACCAGAACAUAAAGAUCAUGCACUCACAGCAGUUUGGCAAUAUCCUGAUCCUCAAUGGGGAUGUUAAUCUGGCAGAGAGUGACCUGCCCUACACCCAGGCCAUCAUGGGCAGAGGGCAGGAGAACUAUACAGGAAAGGAGGUGCUGAUCUUAGGAGGCGGCGAUGGAGGAAUCCUCGCUGAGGCCGUCAAACUCAAGCCAAAGAUGAUCACCAUGGUGGAGAUCGACCAAAUGGUGAUUGAUGGGUGUAGAACACACAUGAGGAAGGCAUGUGGAAGUGUUCUGGACAACCUGAAGGGAGAAUGUUACCAGGUGUUGGUAGAGGACUGCGUUCCUGUUCUUAAAAAAUAUGUUGAGGAAGGGAAGACGUUUGAUUACGUCAUCAAUGACCUCACAGCGGUCCCCAUCUCCACAGCGCCGGAGGAGGACUCUACAUGGGAGUUCCUACAGCUUAUCUUGGAUCUCUCAAUAAAAGUACUGCGUCCUACUGGGAAGUACUUCACACAGGGUAAUAGUGCCAAUCUGACUGAGACACUGGCUCUUUAUGAGGAGCAGCUGGGAAGGCUCUCAUGUCCUGUAGACUUCUCCAAGGAGGUGGUGUGUGUGCCCUCUUAUAUGGAACUGUGGGUUUUCUACACCGUUUGGAAGAAGUAAAGAGCCCUCCCCCGGUCUCCUCCAUACGCUGCCUGCCGGAAUGUGAAAACUGUCCACCCCCCAUUGUCCGCCGUCGCACUGAGGGGAGAGAUGACCCCCCCCCCCCAUUUCUACUCACACUGUUUUAUUAUCCUUCCAUGUCCAACUCUCUCUUAAACCCUUUUUACAUCUUAGUUGUAUCAUUUUAUGUCCAAACUUACAAGAGAUUGUAUUUCUGUUAGUUGGAUAUUUUGAAUUGGGCUGUUGUUUUUGCGUGUGCCCUCCAGGGAGCGCUGUGAGGCUGACCGUGUAGGGCUGCUGCCACUGGUCUAGGGUUUAGACUUCUCUGACUGUAGCCUGGUUCCAGAACAGUCUAGGGUUUAGACUUCUGACUAUAUUCUGGUUCCAGAACUGUCUAGGUUUUAGACGUCUCUGACUGUAGCCUGGUUCCAGGACUGUCUAGGGUUUAGACGUCUCUGACUAUAUUCUGGUUCCAGAACUGUCUAGGGUUUAGACUUCUCUGACUGUAGCCUGGUUCCAGGACUGUCUAGGGUUUAGACUUCUCUGACUGUAGCCUGGUUCCAGGACUGUCUAGGGUUUAGACUUCUCUGACUAUAUUCUGGUUCCAGAACUGUCUAGGUUUUAGACGUCUCUGACUGUAGCCUGGUUCCAGGACUGUCUAGGGUUUAGAUGUCUCUGACUAUAUUCUGGUUCCAGAACUGUCUAGGGUUUAGACUUCUCUGACUGUAGCCUGGUUCCAGGACUGUCUAGGGUUUAGACUUCUCUGACUGUAGCCUGGUUCCAGGACUGUCUAGGGUUUAGACUUCUGACUAUAGCCUGGUUCCAGAACUGUCUAGGUUUUAGACGUCUCUGACUAUAGCCUGGUUCCAGAACUGUCUAGGGUUUAGACUUCUCUGACUAUAGCCUGGUUCCAGACCUGUCUAGGGUUUAGAAUUCUCUGACUAUAGCCUGGUUCCAGACCUGUCUAGGGUUUAGACGUCUCUGACUAUAGCCUGGUUCCAGACAUGUCUAGGGUUUAGACGUCUCUGACUAUAGCCUGGUU